GCGGGGUUGGUGCGCAUUUGGGGGAAAAACGUUAACGUCAUCUGUCACUUAUUGGAUUACAAUUCGGUGAAUUUGUGGUGUUUUUGAUGUUAUCGGUGGCGAACAUAGCGAAAUUAAUGUCCUCUCGGCCUAGUUGAAGUCGUGUUGUACCUAAAUUUGUAGAAAUGGCCCGUGAUUACGACCAUUUAUUUAAAUUACUGAUAAUCGGCGAUAGUGGUGUUGGUAAGAGUUCCCUUUUGUUGCGGUUUGCUGAUAACACAUUUUCGGGUAGUUACAUAACCACAAUCGGUGUUGAUUUCAAGAUAAAAACUGUGAGUAUCGACGGCCAGAAAGUCAAGCUCCAGAUUUGGGAUACAGCGGGCCAGGAACGUUUCCGCACCAUCACUAGCACGUACUACAGGGGGACUCAUGGGGUGAUUGUCGUUUACGACGUCACAAACGGGGAGUCAUUUGCUAAUGUCAAAAGAUGGCUGCAUGAAAUUGAACAAAAUUGUGAUGUAGUUAAUAGAGUACUAGUGGGUAAUAAAAACGACACGCCAGACAGGAAGGUGGUGUUGACUGAAGACGCCCAACGUUUCGCCGAUACGAUGAACAUUCAACUGUUUGAAACCUCAGCCAAAGACAAUGUAAAUGUAGAGGAGAUGUUCAUGGCAAUUACGAGAUUAGUGCUUAGGUCGAAACAAGAAAUGAAAGAGCGGCAGAAUAUCACACAGAACGAGACGGUGAACCUAAGGAAAAGCAACAAACAAGGGAAGAAAAAGUGUUGUUAGUUGUUAGAAAAGGGUGUUCAGUGGAUGUUUUUCGUUCCUAGAUUGGUGCGUCCUAAGCCAAAUAAAACACCCGAUUUUCCCGGUUGAAUACCCUGUAUAUAAUGUAUAAUAUAAACAAGAAUUGUAUUUAUUUUAUAACCCUUUUACUUUUAUUCCUCUAGCAUAUUGGUUUUUGAUCAAGACCAAAACUGUGCUCUCUUCAAGAAACAUCUAGCAAUUUCACAAUUCUGCAUUUAUUUCGUAUUUUUGUACAGAUCGUAUAUUUGUAUCAUGUAUGUAAUUCAAGUAAAAAUGUAUCUUUGUUGUGA